UGAGCAGAGGAGAUUUUGGGGUUGGGUUUAUCGGUGGACUCAAGAUGGCGACUCUGGCGAAAGCGCCAACAUAUUUACAGAAGUAAAUGUCCGAAAUUGACCGAGAUAGCGGGUUUCCCAAAGCGCUUUGGGAGUUUUGUGAGACAUGGAGACCCGGGGCAUGACUUCGGAGAGGAAUUGACCGGAUUUUGUGCCGUAACAAACCCCGGAGAUGUGCGAGAGCUAUGCCCGCUCGCUGCUGCGUGUUUCGGUGGCGCAGAUCUGCCAGGCUCUGGGCUGGGAUGCGGUUCAGCUCACAGCGAGCGAUCUGCUGUCCGAUGUGCUGCACAGGUACAUCCAGCAGCUGGCGAGGGUCUGCCACCGGUACUCUGAGCUGUAUGGAAGAACAGAUCCGGUUCUGGACGAUGUCAGCCAGGCCUUCAGGCUGAUGGGGGUCAACCUGAGCGAGCUAGAGGACUACGUCCACAACCUGGAGCCCGUGGCCUUCACUCAUCAGACGCCUCUGUUCCCUGUCAGCAAGAACAACGUUUUGCAGUUUCCUCAGCCUGGAGUGAGGGAUGCAGAGGAGCGAAAGGAUUACAUUCCAGAUUAUAUGCCACCCCUGGUCUCCCUGCAGGAAGAAGAGGAGGAGGAAGAGGUUCCUCCAGACAUGGGCACUUCAGCUGAAGCCAUGCAGGUGGCCAUGGAGGAAGACGAGGAGGAGAUAGAUGAAGACGAGGCUGUCAACGACGAAAACCAUCCAUUGAAGAGGCACUUGGACAGUCCCGACGCAGCUCUGGGCAUGAUGCCCACCUCCAAGAGGCCGCGCAUGUACCCGGGCCUCAGCCCAGAGUGGGGAGUGGAGCCCAGGGAGCCCCUCACCUCCCUGAACCCCCAGCGCGUUCCGCCCGGCAUCCUUCCGUCUCACGACAGCCUCGACCCCCUGUCACCUGAAAUCCCCCCCUUGGCCCUUCCUUCGUUCAGACCUCAGCCGGUCAUACCAAAACUCUCCGAUCAGAAGGGUCUCCCCACUCCAGUGAGAAAGCCGAAGGUCUCCUCCCCUGGCAGACAACGGACUAAGUCCCCGAAAGGGAUCAUUUCCACGCCGUUAAUCGGCAGCCCCAUCCAUUCUCCAAAACCUUCUAAAGAAAAGAAAAAGUCUCCAAGCAAGACCAAGAGCCCAAAAAGCCCCAAGAGCCCAAAGUUGAGUUUUGCUAAAGCACCGCAGCCUCAGAGCAAAGCAGAUGUUUUGCAUAAGUUACCGCUGUCUGCGCUGACCGAGAGAACGGGUAAAGAAAACAUUCAAAUGCGUCCAGGUCUGGAGGACCGGGAGCCACUUAAGCUUCCGUUUGAGAACCUGGAGCCGGACAACACGGCCAUCGACGACUCCAUCGACGCCGUGAUAGCGAGGGCGUGUGCCGAGCGGGAGCCCGAUCCGUUCGCGUUCUCCUCUGGCUCUGAUUCAGACAGCAACGGGUUCUCCAGCCCCAGGAGGCUGACCAUAAUGGAGCCGUCCACGCCCAAAGUCCCCCUCGGAGUCGGCAACUUGUUCAAAGACACGUCGACGCCCCUUCAUCUACAGCCACACCUGGGCCCGGACAACUGGACGCUAGUGGAAGAUUCCAUCAACGAGGUGGUCCGAAAGGCCAACCAGGGGGGAGCGUCUGCGGCCCCUCCGAGUCAAGCUCCGUACAUAUCCUCGGGAUCGGCUUCACCGCCGACCCCGGAGCCCCUGCUCAAGGUGUUCGAGGAGAAGAACAAGAUGGUGUCGCCGCUAGACCUGAAGAAGAAGCUGAAGAAGGAGCUGAGGACUAAGAUGAAGAAGAAGGACAAAGAAAAGACGAAGGACAAAGAUCGGGACAAGAGCAAGCUCAAAGAGAAGAACAAGGACAAGAGCAGGGACAAAAACAAGGAGUCUUCCAAGGAUGUCAAGAUGCCCUGGAAGGAGUUUGGACUGAAGGACGAGGACCUCUUCACCCCGCGGGAUUUUACUCUGCCGGAGGGCUCCAUCAAAAUAAAAUCAAGAGACGGAGACGGCCCGAAGAAGGACAGGGAGAAGCAUAAAGACAAAAAGAAGGAUAAAGAAAAGAGUAAAAAGGACAAAGACAAGAAGGACAAGAGCAAAGACAGGAACAAGGAGGACAAGCAGAAACAACCCGUGGUGCCUCCGUUCUCCCUGGGGGAAAUCCCACCGCUCUUCAGCCCCUCCACCUGCCUCCGCAUCCCCUCCAUGCUGCCUUCGCUCGCACCCAUACUCCACGAGAAGGAGGUGAAGAGCAAGGACAGGGAGAAGAAGAAGGACAAGAAGGAGAAGAAGAAGAAGAAAGACAAGGAGAAGGACAAGGAGCGAGAGAAGGUCAAAGAAAAGGAGAGGGAGAAAGAGGAGAAGAGGAAAGAGAAGGAGCGGGAGAAGGAAAAACGAGAAAAGGAGAAAGAAAAAGAAAAGGAGAGGAUUCGAUUGGAGAAGGUAAAAAUGGAAAGUCCAGCAGCCUUACCGUCUCCGGUCAUCCCCAGACUGACCCUCAGGGUGGGGGCCGGUCAGGACAAAAU